UACUUGAUAUCGACCUUCAUGCUCAGAUACACUUUGGACGUGUCUUCAUGAAACCAGGUCUCCCCACAACAUUUGCCACUCUUGAUAUGGACGGGUCUCGAAAACUUAUCUUUGCUCUGCCAGGUAGGGACGGUAACCCUGUGUCAGCGGUCGUAACAUGUAACCUCUUCGUCAUUCCUGCCUUGAGGAAGAUGCAGGGAAUCUUAGACCCGCGACCCACCAUAAUAAAAGCCAGGUUGUCAUGUGAUGUGAAGCUGGAUCCACGUCCGGAAUAUCACCGCUGUAUUUUGACAUGGCACCAUCAGGAACCUCUGCCAUGGGCACAGAGCACAGGGAACCAGGUUAGCAGCAGACUCAUGAGCAUGCGCAGCGCUAACGGACUCCUGAUGCUACCUCCCAAAACCGAGCAAUACGUGGAGCUGCACAAGGGCGAGGUGGUGGACGUCAUGGUCAUCGGCCGUCUAUGAUGUCACGGCAGCAGGCCGACGGACGGAGAGCGACGGGUGGUUCACGGUGCAUGUUCACAUAUCAUUGACUGUAAUAUGCAACGGCACAUCUAGUUUUUAUUGAUUUGGAUAACGCUGAAGUAUAGUCAACAUCUUGAUCACAAAACUAGAUACAUAUGAGAAAAAAAAAUUAUUUCAAAGAAAGAAAAAAUAUACUUUUAAAUUAUAAAAUCUAAUUAUAAAAAGACAUUUAUUCUGUAUUAUUAUUAAUUAUUAUUAUUGCAUUUUCUUCUCAUUAUUAUUAAUUAUUAUUAUUAUUAUAUUAAGGCAACUUUGUUCUUUUCAUUGCAGUUGCUUUGUGUGUUCAAUGCUAGAUCUUAUAGCUGUAGCAUUUUAAUAGAAACUGAAGGUGCCUGCCAGGAGAGAGAAAAAAUAAAAAAAGAAGAACAUUAUUUCCCCGUUUUAAUGCAAAAAUAUCUGAAAAACGAGCGCUUUUGUUUUCGGACGCGGGGAAGGAACUCGACGACUUCUGGACACUGGAGGGUGGCACUUUUUGUCUUACGUGUCAUUGACGUGACACUUUUACUUUUUCUCCCAUUAGUAGGCAUCAUUAUGACAUCACAAAGAGCUUUGCUUGUCGUUUAUAUCUCGUGAGUCUUGUUUGUGUGCGCAGUGCCAAACGCGUGGGUGCACGAAGGGCGUGCGUGGGGGAACACGGGCCUGGUCACCCAAUCCCUGAAGCUUCCUUAUAAUCACAUGACCUGGUGUAGCCCCGCCCCCGUCCCCCCAGGGGGCGGAGUCACAGGCGAACGUUUUAUUUGAAUAUACUUUAAAAAAGACUAGGAAAAAAAGAAACCACAGCUUAUUUAAGUGCUGACUGCCUUUUUAAUCAACUACACAAAAUGUACAGUAAAAAACGAACAAUUGAAUUGUACAGAUAAAUGUGACCAGCACUGCGGAAUAUGACCAAGCAAUGAGGAGACAUUGAACAAAUCUGUAUAAUAACAUUUUCUGUAACAAUAAGAAUCUAAUGAGAGAGAAUACAAUAAUAAAAUCCUUGAUCAUUAUAUAAAAAUAGCAUUGUGGAAUUUUCUUGUAAUAAAAUGAAUAAAAACAUAAUUCCUUAA